AUGCGUUUACCCAGAAUAGUAUUUCAAUUGGCUAAACGCAACUUGACAGUAAUUCAACGGCGAGCAAUGGCAACAAGUGGCAGCAGCAGCAACAACAACAGUAUUAUUCCAAAAACAAUAAAUCCCGAUAUUCAAGAGGAACGGCAACGGGCAACAUUUAAUGUUGAAGAUUUUGCAAUUUGGUGGCAUGGCGGCGAAGAGAAAUUGAAACGAAAGAGAUAUGUGGAAUCAUCUGUAUUUGCCGAUAUCGAUGAAAGUAAAACUGUAUCCAGUAUACAAAGUCUCUCACAUGAAGAAAUCUAUGCAGUAGCAAUGGAAGAUGCUCUCAAAUUGGCUUGGAAAUUGCGUAAAUUACAAAAAGAAAUAAAUCCCGGAGGAAAGGAUAUAUGGCCCGGUUUAUUUAGUGGCCCCGAAUUGUGGGGUGCCAUGCCUGGUGGCAAUCCAUUCACUGUGCAUUUUUCAAUGCUCGUCGAUGCCAUACGUAAUCAGGGUACCGAUGAACAAUUUGAAAAGUUUGGUAAACGUGCUGAGAAUUUAGAAAUUUGUGCUGCAUUUUCACAAACGGAAUUGGGGCAUGGAACAUACUUGAGAGGUCUGCAAACCAGGGCAGAUUUUGAUCCCAAAACGGAUGAAUUUGUGCUAAAUACUCCAACAAUUACGGCCUAUAAAUUUUGGCCAGGAGGAUUGGGCCACUCGGCAAAUUAUAGCCUUGUCAUGGCUAAUCUCUAUAUUGACAAUAAACCCAAAGGUGUUGCCUUUUUUAUGGUUCCUCUGCGUGAUGAAGAGACUCAUCAGCCCCUGCCGGGUAUUGAUGUGGGUGAUGUUGGCAAAAAGCUUGGAUUCUAUGGUGUCAACAAUGGUUAUUUGGGCAUGAAAGAUGUUCGUAUACCUCGCACAAAUAUGUUGAUGCGUCACGCCCAAGUUUUACCCGAUGGAACAUUUGUUCAAAGUCCAGCAGCAGCAUUGGGAUAUUUUUCUAUGGUAUUUGGACGUUGUUGGAUAUCGGCAAAUAAUACAACAAUGCUGGCCAUAGGCACGACAAUAGCAACACGUUAUUCGGCUGUAAGGCGUCAGGGAUCCAUUAAUCCAAAAGAACCCGAAGUAAAAAUUAUGGACUAUGUAACUCAGCAAAUGAAAUUAUUCCCCGAAAUUGCCACCUGUAUAGCUGAUCGUUUGGCCGCAUUGAAAUUACGUCAACUCUAUCAUCAAACGGAAGCGGAUAUAAAACAGGGAAAAUAUGAUGGCUUGGGGGAAAUACAUGCCUUAUCAUGUGCCAUGAAAGUUCUAUGUACAUCCGAUUCAGCAGCGGGUAUAGAACGUUUACGUUUAGCCUGUGGAGGUCACGGUUAUUUGGCUUCAUCGAAUAUGAGCAAUUUAUAUUCCACAGCUACGGCUGGUUGUACCUAUGAGGGAGAGAAUACCGUGCUUCUGUUGCAAGUUGGUCGAUUUCUAAUGAAAUCUGCUCAGCAAGCAAUGGCGGGUCAGCCUUUGGCUCCGACAGCGGAUUAUUUGGGAAAAAUGAAAUUGGAAAAAUGGUCGGGAUCAUGGGAGAAUAUUGUUGAAGCUUUACAAUGUGCAGCGGCAAACAAAACGCGAUUGGCAUUAGAGAAUAUAUCCGCUCGCAUGCAGGCUGGUCAAACACAAGGUGAAGCUGCCAACAAUACCGGCAUUGAAUUGACUCAAGCUGCAGAGUUAUAUGGUCGAUGUUUUAUUGCCUCUAACUUUUUGCAAGAAGUCACUGGAAUUAAUGCCAAAACUAGAUCACCAGCCCUGAACAAGGUACUGGAAAAUAUUUUGGAAUUAUAUUUGGUGAAGAUGGCCUUGGACAAUAUGAAUAAUAUAUUCCGGGUGGUUGACAUUUCCGAUGACGAUUUACGUUCUCUGCAAACCCGCUUGGAGGAAUCUUUGAAGGUGUUGCGCCCCAAUGCUGUGGCCAUUUGUGAUGGUUUUGAUUUUCCCGAUCGUAAUCUAUUAUCGACAUUGGGCUGUUUCGAUGGCAAUGUUUAUGAGCGCAUUUUUGAGGAAGCUAAAAAUAGUUCGCUGAACAAAGAACCUGUCCCGAAAGUUUUUCACACCCAUUUGAAACCAUUUAUGAAAUCUAAUUUGUAA